AUGUUCUACAAACUUGUUAAUGGAGGCAAUUGCUCUCUGGUCAUGGAUCCGAUCCGGAUGAGUGACACCGGUAUGUUUGAACUCGUCUCCUCAUCGGCGACAAGGUAUAUUCCCCACCUCCAGUGGUGGAUGUGAUUGUCUAUCAGGGGCCAGCUGUGCAAGUCACGGCAGUAACAUCAAUGGCGGAACAAAUGGACGUCAGCGUGGGAUCGCGGCUGGUUAUCCCAUGCCAAUUUCACCUAGACGAUCCAACUAAAGGAUACUUGGUCAGGAUGGAGUGGGGGUUUGUCCCCAGAGAUGAGGGGUAUUACCGCCCCCUCAUAAACAGAUACAGCCGCAAGAAAACGGAGCAUUUCAACAGCAGGGCCAGCAUGUUCAACAAACUUGUUGAUAGAGGCAAUUGCUCUCUGGUCAUGGAUCCGAUCCAGAUGAAUGACACCGGUAUGUUUGAACUCAGUCUCAGCAUCGGCGACAUGGAAUAUUCCCCACCUCCAGUGGUGGAUGUGAUUGUCUCUGAGGGGCCAGGCUACGAUAUGGAGGAGAAUGAAGAACGGACCCUCAAGCAGAGAAAAAAAUGCCGUUAUAUGUCAUCCUUCUAAUUACAGGAGGAUCCAUAUUAGGCGUGCUAAUCCUGGCCAAUUGCCUGUAUAAGGUGUUCCAGUAA